UUUGUCACUGUAAUGUUUAAUCCAAACAUCUGAAUUCUGUGAUUUAAAACAACGAAAACUGUUAACUGUGUUGCCAUCCCUGUUCCCGCCACUUUUGUGUUUAUGUGAUCUUCUCGUGUUUCUGUUUUCUGGGAAUUAAAGAACGUAGUAGCAUUGUAUGAAGAAGUUAUAUUAUAUAAGGUACUGUCUGGACGAAGAAAAUGUCAUUCAAGCUAUCUGAAGGUGCUCUUUCAGUUAUACUAGCUGGUGGCAAUGUCGACGAUCCAGUUAUGCAGAUUCUGGGUCACAAGAAGAUAGCUGGUACCAGUAGCACAACUGGUUCGGACCGUUUCCGCCUGUUAGUUUCUGAUGGAAGACAUCUGAACAGCUUUGCCAUGUUGGCAACCCAGCUUAAUGAUAAAGUUACAUCAGGAGAACUUUCUGACUUCACUGUGAUCCAAAUUACACGAUACAUCACAAGCAUGGUGACAAAUUCAGACAAGGGAGAUAAACGUGUUAUGGUAAUUCUGGAUGUUAAAAUACUGGCCUUGGGAACUGAAGUUGGAUUCAAAAUUGGCAAUCCUAAACCAAUCACUGAAGGUACUGAAGUAGAAACUGGUGGUCUGAAGCAACCUCCCCCCAGCAGGCCUGUGCAGCCAAGGUCAUCAACAAAUCUGGUAAACAGCAGUGCACCAGUGUUGUCAUCUCCAGGAUCUUCUGUAAAUACACAUCCAAUAUCAAGCCUAAGUCCCUACCAGAACAAGUGGGUGAUUAAAGCUCGUGUCACAUCAAAGUCUCCUGUGAGGACUUGGGCAAAUGCUCGAGGAGAAGGGAAGUUAUUUUCAAUUGAUUUAGUAGAUGAGAGUGGAGAAAUCCGAGCAACAGCAUUCAAAGAGCAAUGUGACAAAUUCUAUGACAUGAUAGAGGUUAACAAAGUGUACCUCAUCAGUCGGUGUACACUGAAGACUGCAAAUAAGAAGUUUACUAACAUUAAAAAUGAUUAUGAGAUGACCUUCACCAAUGACACCCAAAUGAUUCCUUGUCAUGAAGAUACGACUGAUAUUCCAUCACUUACAUAUAAUUUUAUACCUAUCAAUACAUUGGCUGGUCUGGAAACUAAUGCAUUAGUUGAUCUCAUUGGUGUUUGCAAGAGUUCUGGUGAAGUUCAGUCUUUAAUUUCCAGGAACACUAACAGGGAACUGAAAAAACGAGACGUUACACUCGUUGAUGAGUCAAACACAAGUGUUUCACUUACGCUUUGGGGUAAUCAGGCAGAAGAAUUUGAUGGAAGUCUGCAGCCAGUUUUGGCUAUCAAGAAUGGGCGCAUUAAUGAGUUUGGUGGUGGGAAAAGUGUGUCACUGAUGCAGUCAAGUGUAUUCCAGAUUAAUCCAGAUAUUACAGAAGCCCAUAAACUUCGUGGGUGGUUUGACAAUGUAGGUUCAACACAAGAGCAGGAGAGCCUUUCUUCUCGCACUGGAAUGGCAGGUGGUGCUCUUUCUUCCAACUGGAUGACCUUUAAGGAAGUGCAGGAGAACCAGCUGGGUUGUGGAGAAAAACCAGAUUACUUUACAAGUGUGGCCACUGUGCUUUUGGUGAGAUCAGAAAAUUCACUCUACAAGGCCUGUCCCACUGCAGAAUGCAACAAGAAGGUCAUUGACCAGAACAAUGGUAUGUACAGGUGUGAGAAGUGCAACCGUGAAUAUCCGAAUUUCAAGUAUCGGCUUCUCCUCUCCGUAAGCUUGGGAGACCUCUCAGGCAACCAGUGGGUCACUUGUUUCCAAGAAGUUGCUGAAGUAGUGUUGGGUACAACAUCCCAGGAAAUUGGGGAUAUGUUCCAUGAUGAUAAGCAGUUCCGAGAAGUGUUCUACAAGGCAGCAUUUAAAACCUACACUUUCAGACUUCGGGCUAAGAUGGAGAACUACAAUGAUGAGAAUCGACUGAAGGUGACGGUGGUAGAUGCAAAGCCUCUUAAUGUCCAGGAAUACAAUGCAAGAUUAAUAACAGAAAUAAAAGAAAUGGCUGGUGUUGGUAAUUCUGCUAAGUAAUUGAAUUGCUUUAAUCACUGUACUGAAGAGAUUAUGUGAACCACCCACAUACAUUUCAUCAUAUGAAACAAAGAAAACUCUUUAAUUGCUUUAAGAUCUUAUUUCAUAUACAAACUGUAUUAUAUAAUUUGUCAUAAAUAAAUACAAGAGAAAUGUUAA